AUGACUCGAACCAAGGAAGAUCAGAAAGAACUCGCCUUUGCCGUGUACUGGGAUGGCAGGUACACAGUCUCUGAUGGCGAGCAGCCGACCCAUGAGUGGUUCAAGAAUUAUAGUGCCUUGCAGCCAUUCUUGACGAAGGUCAUUUUCCAAGACCGCGCACCUGAAAAGAACCCAAGAAUACUCCACCUUGGCUCCGGUGACAGUACCGUUCCGUACGAUCUACACAAAGUCGGGUACAAAAAUCAAGUUUGCAUUGACUUUUCUCCUGUUGUCGUAAGCCUCAUGGGGGCUCGUAUGAUCCCAGGCAUUGACUGGAUUCUUGGCGACGUUCGCGAUAUGCAGGAAAUCCCCACUCACUCCGUGGACGUGGCCUUCGACAAAGGCACAAUGGACGCCAUGAUCUACGGCAGCCCUUGGAGCCCACCGGACGAUGUCAAAGAAAACGCAAGACUAUAUGUCAGAGAGGUUUCGCGCGUGCUUGCGGAUGACGGCGUCUUCAUCUGGAUCACAUUCAGGCAGCCAAUCCACGUGAAGCCCCUUUUGAUUCAGGAAGAUCUCUGGAGUGUGGAAGUCGAGACGCUGCAAGAGAAUCAAUACUCGUUUGAGUAUUAUGCGUUCAUCCUUCGCAAAUCCAAAACCUCUUGA